AUGAAUCCAGUGACGAAAAUCGGCAUAGCGCUCAUCUUGACUUUAUCUUUUCUCUGCUUCGUGGAGGGUCUGAUCUGUCAUGAGUGUAAAAAGUCAAAAGAUUCAAGAUGUAUUGAGAAAGCAGGAAGAUGCACGGUUCCAGAUGAUGGAUCGUGUUUUACCUACUCACAAUUUUAUGAUUCAAACCAUGAAUUCUCUAGGCACGGGUGCGAGAGUGCAUGCCAGGAUGAACUACAAAUUUCUGGAAAGACAGUGAGUUACAAAAUGUGCUGUCAAAAAAACUUGUGCAAUAGUUACUAG